CGCGGGGUGUUCAAAACACGAAGAAGAACGCGGGCAACAGAAGCUGCCAAGACGCCGCCAACUUUUAAUUUAUCUCAACAUUUGUUGCUUUAUGCUUCGCGACAGAAACGUAUUCGGUGCCGUUUGUUGAAAUGAUGCCUAAUACCAGGAAGAGAAAGCUCACCUCUCUGGACUCUGACAGUCACCCGUCCAAGAAGGGGGUGAGAGAGAUGUCCCCCGUGAAGAGAAGCUCCCCGAGGAAGCCGCCGCAGUCUCCCAUGAGUAAGAAGCUAACUGGACGUCUGAACAAGAAGAACUGUCCUUCACCACAGAAAUCCCCACUUAGACCAGCAGGUUCUCCAGCCAAAUCGCCCCGCAAACCCUUCUUGAAACAGACCAUGGUUACAAGCUCGUUCUACGGCAAACAGAAGCCCGUCUACCUCACUCCACUGGAGAGGAAAGCGAUUAAGGAGUCUCUGCCUCCUGCUGCUCCUCCUCCGCCCGCUCUCCCGUCACCUCCCUCUCAGCCAAUAAAACAGCAAAGGAAGAAUAAGAAGAACGUCAAAGGAGGCAACAAGCCGAGGAAAGUCUCUGCAGGAUCGAGAACCGCGGCGGAGGCGGGAAUCAAAAGCUACGCGACAUCUACGAAGAAGAUCACACUUUCGAAACUCAACUUAAGUGUCACGGCCAAACCAACAGCAGCAACAACAACAACAACAACAACAACAUCUGCUGCUGCUGCUCCUCCCACCACUGUCACCAAACCUGUGUCAGAGUCUAAGAAAGCCAUCACCAUCACUUUCAGCAGCCUGAAACCCAAACCCAAGAUCUUCGUCGGGGCUGCGUUCUUCGGUACAGGGAAGAAACCCAAGUCCAUGUACAAGAAGUCUGCACCAAAGUCCUCGACUAAACCGGUCUCAGUGCAACAGAAGAGUCGAGCAGCACCGGUUCAGAAGAAGAGCGAGACGACAACGACAACGACGCAGCAGCAGCAGCAGCAGGUGAUGAACCAACAGAAAACACCUGAAAAAACUGUCGUUCAGCCGCUCAAACCAGAAGAGAAGCGUCUCGGCACCAAACAGAGGCCCAGGUUUGAUCUGUCCGACUGGAUCGAAGAGCCUGGAACUCCACAGCCUUUAAGCUCACAUAAAGCUCUGAGGGAGAAAUAUGGGAUUAACAAGGAGCUGACGAUUGUGUUGACGAGGACUCCGACACCAAGUCGAUCAUCUACAGCCUCGUUCACCGACUCACAGGACGCUUCUCUGACAGACGUCUUUGACCUGAGUGACAUCAGUCCCAACAGCGCCACCUUCAGCCCACCCAAAAAACCUGCAGCAGUGUAUCCCAUCUUUUGCUCCGCCUCCAGAAGGUUAAAGAAAGCAGCUGUGCAGCCUCCCGUGUCCUGCAGCACCCCCUCUGGCCCCAUCGCGUCACUGCAGACGCCGUCUUCAGCCAAACAACGCAGCGCUCGUAAGAAGCGAGAGAAGCAGGACGACGACCAGCUCAUCAUUGAUGCCGGUCAGAAACGUUUCGGUGUGACGACAUGCGGCUCGUGUGGGAUGAUCUACAGCGCCGAAAAUCCUGAGGACAAUUUCCAGCACACGCAGUUCCACCAGCGCUUCAUCGACUCCAUCAAGUUUGUGGGCUGGAAGAAGGAACGUGUGGUGUCCGAGUUCUGGGAUGGAAAAAUUCUCCUGGUUAUGCCGGAUGAUCCCAAAUAUGCUGUUAAAAAGGCUGAGGACGUGCGUCGCGUCGCAGACAGUGAGCUUGGUUUCCAGCAGGUGACGCUGAGCAGACCCUUGCAGGCAAAGACUUACCUGUUCAUCAACACAGAGAGGAUGGUGGUGGGAUGUCUGGUCGCUGAGCCCAUACGUCAGGCGUUCAGAGUCCUCGACCAGCCGGACGGACACAAGGACAUGACCAAGGACGACUUCAUGGAGCGACACCGAGCCUGGUGCUGCUCCACCGUCCCAGAACCAGCCGUGUGCGGGAUCAGCCGGAUCUGGGUCUUCAGUCUCGCCAGGAGACGGGGCAUCGCAACCCGCAUGCUGGACACAGUCAGGAGCUCCUUCACGUACGGAUGUCACCUGACCAAGCAGGAGAUCGCCUUCUCUGACCCGACGCCCGACGGCAAAGUGUUUGCGACAAAGUACUGCAACACGCCGACGUUUCUCGUUUACAACUUCAUCGCGUGAGAAUUCAAGUGUUCAGCCGGUUAAAUGAGUGAUGUGAGUGUUUAUAUAUGGUUUUUUUUUUUCUUUACUCAUCAUCAGGCAAAAAGUGUUCAUAUGCAAACAAAGCAGUAACUGAGGUUUAACUUAUACCAGAGUAGAGUUUAUUAUUAAUCACAGUAUCAGUCAGUAUUUAUACUCGGUGAAUGUUGUGUUAAUUAGCAGCACGUUCAGAUGUUUAUAUUUAGCUCGACAUUUUCACAUCGUUUGCUGCUGCUGUUCAUUUUGUGCUUUGCAUCAGAAAAGUGUUUUCACACGUUCAGAUUAUUAUUAUUGUUGUUUUUUUGACACCAGCUCAGGGUUUUCUGGGAACCUUAGAAGUAAGAAUGUUUAAAGGCAGUGUCUCAUUGUUUAGGAGGAUUCUGCUUUGUAAAUAGAUUUUAAUAAACAUGUUGCAGUGUUUUAUAAA